UUUGUCCCUCAAGUAUUCGACGAUUUUGGUUUUUGUACCUCAUUCAAAAGAUGCGCUAUUUAAGUCUCUCACGUUCUGAAACACAUGGAAUUGGUCCUCAUUUUUAACUCCGUUAGUUUUAUUAAAAAGCUGGCAGACAGAGUGCCACGUCAGGAUCCCGAUUUUAACUUUCACUCAAGCUACAAUAAACAUGUGUUUUAAAAGGGGGUAUGAGGUUAUUGUUUGAAACCUUAAAUUUUGAAUUUGUGAGAUCCUUUGUGAGGAGCUUGAAGAGAUCAUUUUGGUGUGGAGGAAACAUAGGUGACAAUGUUUGUGUACAACAUUCUAUAGUGAUGAAGAGUGGUAGUUCCAGAAUUGAUUGUAGGCAAAGGAAAAUUGGUUUGAAAAUUUCACAAAGCACAACGUCGUGUUCAGAAAUAGCAUCGAAAGUGUGUGGGUGUGGGGAACGAUUGUUGCUCCUAAAGGCAGGUACUAUGAAGAACAAGGGCAGGUUAUUUUGGCGAUGUAGAAAUUGGGCGUCCAAUUCACAUUAUAAUUAUUUCAAUGGGUUAAUGAAGAGGAAUGUAGAGGUGAAGGUGAAGAAUCUGAAUUUGAAGCUGUCGCAGGAAAAAGAGUUGAGGAAGACGAAGUUUGUUUGGAAAAGGAGAAAUUAAUACUGGACUUGAUUAAGAAAAACGAGAAGUUGAAGAGGAAAUUGCAAAAAGAGAAAAGAUUUGGCAAAGUGCUGCAACUUUUAUUUGUACUGUUGUGGGGUUUUUCAAUUGUAUUUGUAGUUAUGUUUUUGUUCAAGUUUAAUUGUAAUUAGUUUUUGUAGUAGUAUUUGUGGUAGGUCUUGCAAAGAUUGUUUGUGUAUUUCUGGAGAAUUAUUUUGU